AUGUGCUCCAUGCUCGGCCUGUUGGUGCUUACAAGCAUAAUAGGAUGUGUUGAACUGAUCACAGUCAGUACACCGCAAAAAUAUAUCAAUGUUACAAUGGGUGGAAGUGUCCUGCUCCAAUGUACGUUUGUGACCACUCAAGAAACCAACGGCCUCACCAUCCAGUGGGAUUUUGUUUCAUCAUCCUCCUUGACGCCACAGCAGAUCUAUUACUAUCAGUCUGGCAAAGAUGUCAUUUCGAGAUCUUACGAGAGCAGGCUUCAGCCUCCCUCUUCUCCAAGCGCGACCAGAAACGCCUCAAUAAUAAUAAACAACAUGCAACCAUCAGACGCCGGAGUCUACACCUGUGAGGUUCACAACUUUCCUGAUGUGGAUGGACAGUCUGAGGCUAAUAUCAUUGUGAAUGUUCUCGAGAGGCCCUCUUCCCCUUAUUGCUCUGUCCAUGGUGAUGUUGAAUCGGGUCACCUGGUCACUCUGACCUGCCACAGUGAGCGUGGAAGCCCAACCCCUACUUACACCUGGACCAGACUGAGCCAGGCUAAAGCCAGGAUGCCUGUACUGGGAAGAACAACCAAAACUGGAAUAUUGGAAAUUAGAAACAUAUCCCAGUUUGAGUUUGGGGAGUACCAGUGCAACGCUUCAAAUGCGGUGGGCUUUUCAAUCUGCACUAUAGAGCUGAGUGCUGAAGUGGGAGAUGGAGUGAUUGCCGGUGCAGUGAUUGGCGCAUUGCUCGGUUGUCUCCUAAUCAUCAUGGUUGUGUGGUUCAUCGCUCACACUGUGAAGAAGCACAAAUACAAAGCGGUGACAGUAUCAGAGGGCAACGAGAUGAAGAGGAGCUCUCACCGGGCCCAGGAAGCUAAAGACAGCGUUCCCGUGGUAACAGGAGAUGAGCCACAAGCCUAA